AUGUCUGAUGGGUACUAUAGUUCCAAGAAGACUGAUGAUAUAUGUGAGGAUGUUUGUGGCCAGCAGUCGUCUCGAGCAGCUCUGAGCAUGUCUAGACUGAAGUGUAUCUUACGGGGGUUGGAUUUCAAGACCUAUAUAUUCUUGUUGGUGCUUGUUCCAUUAGGAAUAUUUGGCAUGUAUCUGCAUGGCCAGAAGAUCAGCUAUUUCCUGAGACCAUUAUGGGAAUCUCCUCCAAAGCCCUUCCAGAUAAUUCCUCACUAUUAUCAUAACAACGUAUCAAUGGAGAAUCUUUGCAGACUUCAUGGUUGGGGGAUUCGUGAAUCCCCACGGCGAGUUUAUGAUGCGGUGUUAUUCAGUAAUGAAGUAGACAUUCUCACGAUUCGAUGGAAGGAAUUAUAUCCUUUCAUAACACAGUUUGUUCUUCUCGAAGCAAAUUCAACAUUUACUGGCAUACCCAAACCAUUGCUCUUUGCAAGCAAUCGGGCCAAAUUCAAAUUUAUAGAGAACCGAUUGACUUAUGGGACAAUUGGAGGAAGAUUUAGGAAAGGUGAAAACCCAUUUGUUGAAGAAGCAUAUCAGAGAGUAGCAUUGGACCAGCUUAUUAGAAUAGCAGGGAUUGAAGAUGAUGAUUUGCUGAUAAUGUCUGAUGUUGAUGAGAUCCCCAGUGCUCACACAAUUAAUCUCUUGAGGUGGUGUGAUGACACCCCUCCAGUUCUUCAUCUUCAGUUGAAGAACUACUUGUACUCUUUUGAGUAUUAUGCAGAUAACAAGAGCUGGCGGGCUUCUGUUCACAAGUACAAGACAGGGAAAACCAGAUAUGCUCAUUAUCGUCAGGCGGAUGUCCUCUUGUCAGAUGCAGGGUGGCAUUGCAGCUUUUGCUUCCGCCACAUCAGUGAGUUCAUAUUUAAGAUGAAAGCUUACAGCCAUUAUGAUCGGGUUAGGUUCUCUCAUUACUUGAACCCUAAACGGAUUCAGGACGUGAUUUGCAAAGGGGCUGAUCUAUUUGACAUGCUACCUGAGGAAUACACAUUCAAGGAGAUUAUUGGGAAGAUGGGUCCUAUCCCUCAUUCAUAUUCAGCAGUCCAUCUGCCAGAAUUUUUGUUGAAUAAUGCUGAGAAGUACAAAUAUCUCUUGCCUGGUAACUGCAUAAGGGACAGUGGGUGA